AUGUCCCUGGCUAAACCCUUUACCUCCUGGCCCUCCUCCCCUCGCCAGCAGAGUGUGGCCCGCUGUGUGGCCGCCAUGAGCCCACCCCGCCAGCACACCCCCACUUCAGCCUGUCCACCCUCCUCCUUAGCCACCUCCCUUACCCUGCCACACCCUCCACCUGCCAAAACCUCCCCGGCCCACCUCCACCCGGUCACACUCUCCAACCAGGCCACACCUCCACCCGACCACACUCUCACCAGGCCACCCUCCACCCUCUCACCAGCACCCUCCAUCCGACUCUACUUUUCACGCCACACCCUCCACUCCACCCCCUUCUUCUGGCCUAUACCCUCCACGGCCACACCCUCCACCCGACCUCACUCUCCAACCAGGCCACACCCUUCACCCCCGCCACUCUCCAACAGGCCACCUCCACCGACCACUCUCCCAACAGGCCCCCUCCACCCGACCCUCUCCAACCAGGCCACCUCCACCCGACCACUCUCCCCCAGCCACCUCCACUCCCACACUCUCCAACCAGGCCUCACCCGACCACACUCUCCCCAGGCCACCCUCCACCCGACCUCACUCUCACCAGGCCCCCCUCCACCCGACCACACUCUCCAACCAGGCCACCUCACCGACCUCACUCUCCUCCAGGCCCCACCCCCCGCCCGGCCACCCCCUCAACCAGCCACACCCCUACACCAGGCCAAACCUCCAACCAGCCACACCCUCCACCUGACCAAAACCUCCACCCGACCCUCCCCAACCAGGCCCCACCCUCCACCCGGCCACACUCUCCACCCGGCCACACCCUCCACCCGGCCACACCCUCCACCUGGUACUGAGAAGAUUAAAAGAACCUUCAAAAUAACCACUACUAAACAACCUGGACAUAACAUAUACGACGACGAUGUUUCCGAAGUGGACAAGUUACGUCACGACCCAGAACGUCCCAGCUUACAAGAGGAUUUUGAUGUUAAGCUGAUGGUGUACAUCUCCCUCGGGGGUAACAUCUCCCGUGGUGCAACAUCUUCCUCGGCUGCAACAUCUCCCUCCGGGUGUUACAUCUUCCUCGGCUGCAACAUCUCCCUCGGGUGUUACAUCUUCCUCGGCUGCAACAUCUCCCUCGGGUGCAACGUCUCCCUCGGGUUCAACAUCUCCCUCGGGUGCAGCAUCUCCCUCAGGUUAAACAUCUCCCUCGGAUGCAACAUCUCCCUCGGGUGCAGCAUCUCCCUCGGGUGCAACGUCUCCCUCGGGUUCAACAUCUCCCUCGGUGUGUACCAUCUCCCUCCCGGGUGUAACAUCUCCCUCAGGUGUAACAUCUCCCUCCCAGGUGCAACAUCUCUCGGGUUCAACAUCUCCCUCGGUGCAACAUCUCCCUCGGGUGCAACAUCUCCCUCCAGGUGUAACAUCUCCCUCCCGGGGUAA